AUGUGCAAUGACGACACCCUGAUGAGGCCCCAGACGAAGCCGGCAGCUGCAGAUGGCACUUUACCCGUUCCCAUCUCCUUUGUAUGCCGAAAAAUAAAGCUGCUCUCCCGUCUACCAGGGCGCAAUAUGGCGGCGGCUGAUCGAGACACCCGACCGUUUCCAGAUAUGGGAGAAUACCUGGAUGAUGAUACUCGACGACCUGUCCUAAGGGAAUUUGCACCGGAGUAUAAGACGUUGGAAGCCGAGGGCAAUGAUCCGAGCUUCCCCACGGGCCGACCGGAGAACUCGACUUCGGGUGCAGGUGGCCCACAACCAUCCCGGGUAUCCAUCCGCUCCGCUAGAGCAUUGACCAAUAUCGCGUUUGCUGUGCUUGGGGUUCCGCGAUUUGCGUCACUUGCCAAGGAUAUGGAGAUUAUUGGUGGAUAUGUUGAUUUGAAUAUGCUAGAGCCGGCCGAUAGGUGUUCGACUGAAGUGCAUAGAAGAAGUCCACUCCGGCAUCACAACCUAUGCUUCCCCUUCCGGGAUGGGGCAGCCGUUGUGUUGAUGGUCGAUCCAUCUCUGUCUGUCAAUCAGACUUUGGAUAUGUCGAUAUGGUGUGUUCCAUUCCAAUCUGUAGCUGUGGCCCGGUAUCCCAAGACUUUGCCGGGUUGA